AUGUCUGCAGCUCCAGGUGACGGAUAUCAACCCACGACCGAGGGUGUCGAGGGUAGCACUGGCCCCGACACCUUACAAAACGACUACAAGUCACGCACUGGACAAGGCGAUAUUCCGGUACAGAGUGACGAUGCCCCGGUGGAUGAUCCAAUCGAUGCUAACACGGCCGAUUCCGACGAACAGCUAGUUCGCGAUGAUAACGAAGCUAUUGACAAGAGCAACAUCCUUGACGAGCGUACUCGCGGAGCCACCAAGCAAGCUGGAACUUAUCGGGAGCCUGGCGACGAGGAGGGUUUACCGGGACCGGAGGAUGGUAGCAGCAAUGUUGCCUGA